AUGAACGCGACCUUCCUGAACCACAGCGGCCUGGAGGCGGUGGGUGGCUUGGGCGGCGGCGGCGGGGCUGUCCUGGGGAACCGCAGCCACGGGCUGGGCUGCUGCCCCGGGGGCGCGCCGCUGUCCGCCAGUGACGGGGUCCCGGCCGGGCUGGCGCCGGACGAGCGCAGCCUGUGGGUGUCGCGCGUGGCGCAGAUCGCCGUGCUCUGCGUGCUGUCGCUCACCGUGGUCUUCGGCGUUUUCUUCCUGGGCUGCAACCUGCUCAUCAAGUCGGAGAGCAUGAUUAACUUUCUGAUGCAGGAGCGCCGGCCUUCCAAGGACGUGGGCGCUGCCAUCCUGGGGCUGUACUGAGCGCCGCCUCGGCCUGCCCUCGCCAGCGUGGCUGGAAGAAGACGGAGAAGGGAGCCCAGGACCCUAGUUCCCCCUCCCCGGGCUCUGCCGCCGCCUCCCAGCGGGCAGCGCAAGGGGCUGCGACGAGCCACCGGGCGCCCGGUCCCGGGACACUGCGGGACUCUAGGCGGCGGCGCGGGAAGGGACUUCCACACCCGACUA